AUGCCCCGCGCACCUCCUGAGCGCCCCCCAUCGGGGACCAGCCCCCGAAGUCCCCAGUCCCCGCAGACCCCAGCCCCGGCGCCCUCCUGCCCCCGCUGGGGGAGGGGUGGGAGAGGGGCAAGGGGGGAGGGGUUUUCCGGGGCUGGGGUCCCGCGGGCCGCCGCCAAGCAUCUCGCCUCCGGGCCCAAGAGGCGCCUCCCGAGCCGCCAGUUACCUGAGCUGCCUCCGCGCGGCCCGCGCUCCUCCGAGCGCCGGGCGCCCUCGCCUCCUCCCCGAGUGACAGCGAGGCUUCGCGUCGUGCCAGAAGCGGGACACGCCGGGCGGUGCGGGGCAGGCGACCAGACCCGAGGCCACGCGGAGCGCCUCCCCCGGCGAGGCGGAGGGGACCCGGGAAGGUGGAAGGGAGAGCCGCGCACGCCGCCCCCCGGAGGCCCCGGCCUCGGGCGCGGCCGACCCGCCCUCCCUCCGGCCCGCGCGGCUCCCGGCCGGAGCCUGGGACACGCGCGCGGGCGCCUGGGCCGGGCUCGUCGCGGCGCAGAGGCGGACACGGACCGCGCGUCCCCCAAGCGGAGCAGACGGGCCUGCGUGCGGGCGGCCUCCGCUCAGUCCCCGCGGGCCGGACGGGGGGAGGGGCAGUGGCUGCGGGGGACGGGGGCGCGCGGAGGGGGACGGGGGCGGCGAGGGGGCACGGCCGGCGGGGGGUGGGGGGCGACGGGAGUACGACUGAGUGGGAGGGGGCGCGCGCCGGGGCGAGGGGCUCGGCCCGGCCAGGCUGCGGGGGCCGCGGGCCGCGGCUGGGGCUGCGCGGGAGGCGACUGCGCCACAAAAGCCUGCGCGUCCCUCCCUCCGUCUCCCCCGCCCUCGCGCCUCCUCCUCCGCCCUCCCCUCCCCGCCCCUCCCCCGGCCGCGGCCGGGCCGCGGGAGCCGGCGGAGCGGGCGGAGCAGGGGAGGGGGCGGGCGCCCGAAUAUGCAGAUGAGCGCGUGACGGACAGCUCCGCGUUCCAAUGUCCCUCGGAAACUCGAGCGCUCCUUCCUCAACUCCUCACUCCCGACUCCAGACUCCCCCAAACCCCGACCGCCGGCCUGGCGCGCGGCUGCGCCCACCGGCUCCGCGCCGCCGCCGCCGCCGCCCCGCCGCCCCGCCGCUCCCCCGGCCCGCGGGCCUCGCCGGCUAGUGCGCGGGCCGGCCCGCCUCGGCCCGCGGCCCCCGCGCCCGCCGCCGCCCCGCGCCCCGGCCGGGCGUGGAUGGAGGGCGCCGCGCGCCCUGCCCGCUGCUCGGCGUGA